AUGGGGGCUCAGUUGUUGCGCACGAGCAGAUUGCCUGCAGUCAGGUCACUUGCCUCUUCUGUUGGACGUCCGUCAGUAGCGCGCCGUCAUCUGGCUACACAAGCCGAUGCCUCUACCACUCCCUCAGCAUCAGACCUGGCCAGUCGCACCCCGCCAUACCCUAAGCUGCUCAGAAAACUACACGAAGUCCGCCGUAUCCUGCCUGACCGCCCCCUCACACUCGCCGAGAAGAUCCUCUAUUCACAUCUCGAGUCCCCCGAGGAGUCCCUUCUGACCGGAACAAACAAUGGCGCCGACAUUCGUGGAAAGGCCAACCUCAAGCUCAAGCCUGACAGAGUUGCCAUGCAAGAUGCCUCUGCCCAGAUGGCCCUGCUGCAGUUCAUGUCGUGUGGUCUGCCCACCACUGCUGUCCCUGCCAGUAUUCAUUGCGACCACAUGAUUGUUGGAGAAAGAGGUGCAGAUGUCGACUUGCCCCAGUCUAUCAAGGGCAACAAGGAGGUCUUUGACUUCUUGGAGAGUGCGGCAAAGAAGUACGGUAUCGAGUUCUGGCCUCCGGGUGCUGGUAUCAUCCACCAGAACGUCCUCGAGAACUACUCUGCUCCUGGUCUUAUGAUGCUCGGAACCGACUCUCACACUCCCAACGCUGGCGGUCUUGGUGCUAUCGCUAUUGGUGUUGGUGGUGCCGAUGCUGUUGACGCUCUGGUCGAUGCUCCCUGGGAACUCAAGGCUCCCAAGAUUCUCGGUGUCAGACUCGUGGGACAGCUCAGCGGCUGGGCCUCUCCCAAGGACAUCAUCCUUAACCUUGCCGGUCAGCUCACUGUCCGUGGUGGUACUGGCUACAUUGUCGAGUACUUCGGACCUGGUGUCGAGACUCUUGCCACCACCGGCAUGAGCACAGUCUGCAACAUGGGUGCUGAAAUCGGCGCAACAACCUCCCUCUUCCCCUUCACCAAGGCACACGUCCCCUAUCUCCACGCAACCCACCGUGGCCCCAUCGCUCUCGCUGCCGAGACUAUCGCCAGCUCUCCUGGUCCCCACAAUCUCCUCCGUGCUGAUGAGGGUGCUCAUUACGACAAGGUCAUUGAGAUUGACCUCAGCACUCUCGAGCCCCAUGUCAACGGCCCCAUGACCCCCGAUCUUUCCACUCCUCUGUCUUUGUUCCGCGAAACCGUCAAGGCCAACAACUGGCCCGAGACUCUUGGUGCCGGUCUGAUCGGCUCAUGCACGAAUUCCUCCUACCAGGACAUGACCCGUGCUGAGUCGCUGGUCAAGCAGGCCACCGCUGCUGGUCUUCAGCCCAAGGCUGACUUCUUCAUCACUCCUGGCAGUGAACAAGUCCGUGCUACUCUCGAGCGUGACGAGACUCUCAACACUUUCAACGACGCUGGUGGUGUCAUUCUUGCUAAUGCUUGCGGGCCUUGCAUAGGCCAAUGGACCCGUACCGAUGGUGUUGAGAAGGGAACUGAGAACGCCAUCUUCACUUCCUACAACCGCAACUUCCGUGGUCGCAACGAUGGAAACGUUAAGACCAUGAACUUCCUCGCCAGUCCCGAGCUUGUCACUGCCAUGGCUUAUGGUGGCAGCACUACCUUCAACCCCAUGACCGACUCUAUCCCCCUUCCUAACGGUGGCGAGUUCCGUUUCAACCCUCCUCAAGGUCGUGACUUGCCCAGCACUGGCUUCGCUCAAGGCAACCCCGAGUUCCUCCCCACUCCUGGUAAGCCCGAUGCCAGCGUCGCAGUCCAGGUCGACCCCAACUCCACCCGUCUCGCUCUCCUCGAGCCCUUCGCUCCCUUCCCUCAAACCGAGCUCGAGGGUCUCCGCGUUCUCGUCAAGGUCAAGGGCCAAUGCACAACCGACACCAUCUCCGCCGCCGGCCCCUGGCUCAAGUACAAGGGUCACUUGCCCAACAUUGCCGAGAACACUCUGAUCGGCGCCAUCAACGCCGAAACCGGCGAGACCAACGUCGUCUACGACAUCAACGACACUGAGUCCCGCAGCAACGGCAUGGGCAUCCCCGCCCUCGCCAAGAAGUGGAAGGAGCAAGGCAAAGAAUGGCUCGUCGUUGCCGAACACAACUACGGCGAAGGCUCUGCCCGCGAACACGCCGCCCUGCAGCCCCGCUACCUCGGCGGUCGCAUCAUUCUUUCCAAAUCUUUCGCCCGUAUCCACGAGACCAACCUGAAGAAGCAAGGUGUUGUGCCGUUGACUUUUGCCAACGAAGCCGACUACGACAAGAUGGCUGCUUGUGAUGAAGUCCGCACUGAAGGUUUGCUUGAUGUCCUGAACUCUGGCGGUCAGGGUGAGGUUACGCUUGUUGUUAAGACUAAGGGUGGCGAGGAGAUUAGAGUGCCUACCAAGCACACUCUUUCCAAAGACCAGUGUGCGUUUGUGCUCGCUGGCUCGGCGCUGAACUUGCUGGCUGCUAAGGCUGGUAAGGGGGCUGCCGCAUAA